AACCUUAUUCGAGGUUUCUUUUGUUCCGUGUCGUGUCGGACCCCACCACAACCCUCUUCUCCGUUUCGUUUCCCGACCAGGCCUCGCCGGCUCACCGCCCCCGCCGCGCCCGCCAUGGACUUCUCGGAACAGGACGUCGACGUCUUCGGCGAGGACUACGACGUCCACGACGGCGGCGCCGAGGCCGAGGCCGAGGCCGACGGCGGCGGGGACUCGUCGGGCUCCUCCUCCCCAUCAUCGUCCUCGUCGUCCUCUGCCGCCGCGUCCUCCUCAUCCUCAAGUGGCGGCUCAAGCCUCAGCAGCAGCGGCGGCGCUGCCGGUGAGGGCGAGGAUGGCGCCGAUGCGGGGGACGGGGAGGAAUACGAUUCGUCCAACCUCAUAGCCACAAGGAGCGCCGGCGCCGCCGGCUAUCUGGACGAUGAGAGGAGGGAAUAUGAGAACCAGGAGGUAGAGGAGGAGAGAGAUUUGUUCGGCUCAGAUAACGAAGAGUACGUCAGAACUCCGGCGCGCAGCCACUACCUAGUCCCAGUGCUUCCUCCAAUUCGGAACACUAAUAAUCAUUCUCGAGGAGGCUUUGGAGGACGAGGUGGUAGAGGCCCACCACUUCUUCCAAGGCCAGGAGGCCAUCCAGGGCGACAUAACUUUGGUUACGGGAGAUUCGGGAAUGGGCGUCAUGUUGAAGGUUUAGUUUCAGAUAUGAAGCUUAAUAAGAGCGAAGAAACAUUGUCUAGAAAAGCUGUUACUUUUCAGGAGCCUUGUGAGAUUGCAUGCUUAAGCCGUGUUGAGGGUGGAGAGGUGUAUUUUGAUGAUCGCAGCUUGAGGCUCUUCAAACGUGAAAUCUGUGAAUACCGCGGUGCAGAUCUCAAUAAAGGAUUCGAGUCAUAUAUAGAGAAGAGAGAUUUGGGUUCUGAAGGAUUUGGCGAUCUACUCGCAUGCAUACGAAAUUCCAACAUACUUCUUCAGAAUACUAUACAUUUUGUGACAUACCGCAACAAUCUUAAUAAGAUAUUGGCCACUGCUUACCUAAGAGAACCAUGGAAGAUGGGCGUUCAUAAAAGAAGGGGUGUUGUAUAUCUUGAUGUUCAUAAGCUCCCUGAAAGACCAAAAAGUGAAGUUGAGCGUAAGAGAUGUUAUUGGGGCUAUUCUUUUGAAAACCUUGCCACUGAGAACUCAUUCAGCGACGAUGGAAGGGGUAUCGAUGCAAAUGUAGAGUUUUGUUCUGUAAUAAAGACAAAAUUGGGUGCCCAUCGGAUUGUCAUGGGUGCUGAGAUGGACUGCUGUGAUGCAACUGAUGAUGGCAGGAGGUUCUAUGUGGAGCUGAAAACAAGCAGAGAGCUGGAAUACCAUACAGUGGAAGCAUAUGAAAAAGAAAAGCUACUUAGAUUUUGGAUUCAAUCGUUUCUUGCCGGUGUUCCUUAUGUUGUUGUGGGAUUCAGGAAUGAUGCUGGCAUACUUGUACGGACGGAAAGACUAAGAACCAAAGAUAUUACACAAAAGGUGAAGGCAAAGAACUACUGGCAGGGUGGCGUUUGCCUUGCCUUUGCCGAUGAAGUCUUAUGUUGGUUGUAUGGGACUGUCAAAGAGAAUGAAGACUAUGUUCUUCAAUUUGUACAUCCAUUUAACCGCCUCGAACUUCUGCGUGCCCAGUCCCCCUGUCCGGAAGCCAUAACGUUGCAUGUGCAGCAGCUCUCAGGUGCAGCGGACUAGAUUCUAGCAGUGACCUCGGCGGGGACUACUUGCCUUGGAGAAAAACCCAAUUCUAGCAGCAGCACUGAACAAUGGUUGAUCUGGCAACUUACUCAACCCCAAUUACCAAGCAGAUGUGCUAAUGCAUCAAAGAACUGAUGAGAUCGAUCACUGGUCUAGCUACAUCCAUGGUUUACACUCUUGAAUGGCCAAAGAGAUUUUGAAUCCAUCAAACAUGUAUUUCCAUUGUAACAUUAUUACAUAAUAAACAAUACAGACAGAGCUACUAGUGCUGUGCUACUGUAACAUUAUUGCAUCAAAUCCUGUAAACUUCAGCAAGGGAUGGAUGUUCUUAAACAUCCGAAUUGUCAGCCUUUAUAAGUCAUAAUAUGUAAGCAGAACUUUUUCGUACUCUAGCGUUUUGAAAUAAUAAAUUUCAUUAAUGACGAUUA